AUGGUGCGCACGCGAGAGAAGAAGCCUAAGGGCGACAGCGCCUUCACGACGCGCAAGCAGAAAGUCGGGCGCAAGAAGCUCGCCCCUGCCACCGCCACACGGGCCGAGGUGCACGCCCGCACUCUUCGUCUCACCACGUCUACCGCGAUGUCUGCUGCCAUGGCAGCACCGUACGUGAAGGACCCAGCUGCGCAUCCUGCGUCGUCUGAGACGACCUCCGCGGGCAUGAAGGACAGCGCGUCCAAGAGCACACGUCCCAUCAUCGCUGUGCAGAGCUUCUCUGAGCUGCUCUCCGCGACGCAUCACUACAAGGCAGCGCAGCGCUCCUCGGCCUUCGCGACACUCACGCGUCUGCUGCGCAUUCAGAGGGAAAAAGAUAACGCCGCUGGGGCGGGGACGGCGGGACACGGCGGGGGCGCCGCGUCAAACGUUUUUGAAGAGUACAUGCGGUACUCCGCGAGCACGAAUACCGCCGCGGAUGCUGCGGGGGUGCCGUCCUCCUCAGGCGCCUCCCUUACACGUCUCAGUGGUCUGAGUCCACUUGAGAGGCUCAAGUCGUUUGCUGCCGCACUGGAGGCCGUCACUGACACGGACGACGAUGUUCGUCGUGAGGCGCUGCAGGCACUGCAAGUUCUUGUGGACUACCAGUGGAUAUCAUGUGAGCGAGAUGGGUCUCUCGCGCCAACGCCCUCGUCGCUGCCGGGACCGACCUCUACGCACGAAGCUGCGGAGCUGGAGCGCUGCAACGCGCGACUUCUGAGCAUGCAGGACAGAGAUGGCGGCCGGAGCAGCAGCCCUGGGGUGCCAGUAGCCGUCUCGGCGUCCACCUCGACCUCGAUCACCUCGGUGGAUCGCGUCCAGGCGAUUCUUCAAGCGGUGCACGUGGCUCUCACCCACGCCCUCAAGCCUGUUCGUCUCUCGGGUGUCGAACUUCUCUCCCACCUCCUGCAGGUGGCGCCGCCGUCUCUGGUGCGCGCCGCUGCGCGUGCGGUCUGUAAGCAUCAGACCUCCUACUACGCCACACCGGCUGCAACCGCAACCUCGGCAGCUGGCACGGCCACCACAGCAGCGCUGGAGGCGGCCCAGGCACGCGCCGCCACACUACUCGAGGAAGAAGAGGUGUGGAUGCUGACGCUGGUGCGGCGCGUCUCUUCACUGGUCUUUCGAACGAAGCACGUGCCGGUGCUGCCGGCGCUGCUAGGCGUCUUCCUCGGCGAGAGUGGCAUUAGCGCUUUCGGCGCCACAGCCGAGGAUUCCAUCACCGCUGAGCUGCUGCACACACACCUUUUGCUCGGCGGCGACGUUGCAUCACACGUCAUGAGCGCCUCCGGGGCGAGCGACGCUGUCCAUGGCAGCAGUGGCGGCACUCUCUGGCGCUACCCGGAACUCGUGAACGCUUUCUUCGACGACGUGGCACCGCAGUGGGCGAACAAAUGGAAGGAGCUGAUGGAGCUGCGACUGGAGCUCUUGCGGCACGACGACAAACUAGCCAUGGCCUCAGCCCUUGCCCGAUCGUUCGCCGUCGUUAUUGUUUUCUUGAAGCGCCAACAGCAGCAGUGCCUCGGCGGCAGGGUCGGCCGCAGCGGCUCCGUGAACUUCUUCUCACGGAAUCGUAUGCACUACAUCAAAGCCCUCUUCGUUGAGAAGAUGCCGGUAACGAUGCACGAGCUGCUGCUCAUGCCUUCUGCUGGUGCAUCCCCCGCGUCCUCCAGAACAGGCGCAACGGCGGCGGCGACGGCGCUAUCGAAAGCCAUGAAGGCGCGCCUGGAGCUGGGGCUGGCCCUCGUCAUGGUCUGCGUCCCUCUCGCUGGCACCGAGGAGGGAUGGCACCUCAUGCGGGACUACUUCUCCAUCGUCUUUUCCCUUCCCCGAGCUACCUCGCCGCCACCGGACCCCUUCCGCUUCCCGACCGUGGCGCUACUGGAGAUGUCGGUGCGUCUGUUUGCGCAGGUGAUCCGGCUCUACCCGUGUGUUGCCCCGCACUUCCAGGUGGCCGGCGACGCCGCCGCGAUACCGCCUGCUCAGAGCACGUGGCUAGGCGACUUCUCUGUCCCCUUUGUGUCGUGCUCUGACGCGAAGGGCGAUGGUCGCCGCAGAGCGAGAAGAGACCGAGGUGACGCUCCUGGUCCUUUAGUGUCGUCGCAGGUUACCCCUUCCUUCCACCAGCACAUCACCGUGGCUGAGCGUCUGCUCACCUUCCUACCCGCCGUUCUGACCACCAUCAUCAGGCACCUGGUGCCACGCUCGGACUCCCUCAACGCCGGCGCUGGUGAUGCGGCAAGCGACGAUAUGGCUCUCGUGCGGGUGCUCCUCUGCGCAGCCACGAUAUUGGAGUGGUUCGCGGCACUUCCCGAAGACCUUCUCCGUCGCGGUGGUGCUGCUCGCAGGAAGAGGCACGGCGGUAAGACUGACAGCAGCUGUGGCGACGCAGCCACAAUAGCGCAGCGACUGGAAGAGGCCUUUAGCUUGGUGCCACGCCUUCUGUUCGCCCUUCGAGAACAGUCGCAGAUGGGGCAGCGCAGGCCCGAAGCAGUGAAGCGCGCACGUGCAGAGGAUGAGGGGGACAGAGACAACCGCGUCGGCGACGCACCCCCACAGACGGACGACAGCGCAGCGGCGCCCGUAGUGACGCGCACCGGCGUCCUCCUGUCGUACAACGGGAUCGUCGAUGUGCUGGUGCACCGUUUCUUGCGGGUACUCUGGUUCUUGAGCAGCAGCGGGCAUCCUCUUCUUCAUGACCGCCGCGCCGCCUCCACAGGCAAGUCCGCUUCCUCUACAGCUUCGACGUCCGUGUCGCCCUCCGCGCCCCUCGCUGCUCUUCUCACCAAGUCGAUCAAGUUUCUCUUCGGUAGCGCCGGCGUAUCCGGUGUGCUGCAGCGGUGCACGACCCCGACAGUGCUACUGGCGCACAGCACGCUCUUCUACCUCGGUGGCGGCGGUAGUGCAUCGAGUCCGAUCCCGUUGGUAGGCAGCACCGAUGCGGUUAGCGUGGCCGCGGCAGAGACCGAGAGGACACCGAUGGUUGAGGCAGUGGAGAAGUGGGCCGAUGUGCUCGACGUGAUAGGGACACUCCGGGCCCGCGUGCACAUGGAUGCGUGA